AUGAGACGACUCUUUCUUGAACUAUAUCAUAAACAGAUCUUCCCCUCCACACCAAUCACGAGUUUUUCUCUAUUCCUCUCGUAUAUCGUCGUAACGCCCUUAAUGCUAGGUUUUGAAAAAGACUUUUCAUGUCAUUCCCAUUUAGGUCCGAUUCGGAUCCCUCCGUUGUUUCCUUUUCCUUCCGCACCUUUUCCUCGAAAUGAGAAAGAAGAUGGUACACUUGAAUUGUAUUAUUUAAGUGCUUAUUGCUUGCCAAAAAUCCUACUUCUACAAUUGGUAGGUCACCGGGUUAUUCAAAUAAGUCGUGUUUUCCGUGGUUUUCCCAUGUUACAACUUCCGUACCAAUUCGGUCGAUCCGGAAUGGAUCGGUUAAACAUUCCAUUAGGUAGCCUGGUCUUGACUCUUCUGUGUGGUAUUCAUUCUCGUUCGGCUCUUGGAAUCACAUCCAGCAGUGGUUGGAACAGCUCGCAAAAUCCAACCACUUCACCUACUUCAUUGCCCCCAACCGUUUCUCGUACCUCUAUUGAAACAGAAUGGUUUCAUGUUCUUUCAUCGAUUGGUUAUUCCUCUCCGUUCGUAUCUCUUUUUCCAAUUUCGGUCUCGAUUAGUUCACAAGAUUGA